UGCUGGAAGCAGGACCCUGGGUGCGCGAUAAGAUUCUGUAGACAAUGGGAAGCAAAGGAGCGUUCACCCUGCUCGGGGUCUUGAUCAUCCUUUCUGUCCUCUAUGAUUCAGGUCAUAGCCUGCAGUGCUACACCUGUGUCGACCCAGUUGGUUCGUGCACUGUCAUCAACAACUGCACAGUUGAUUUUGAUGCAUGUCUCUACAUCAAAGCCGAAAAACGAACACAUUACCAGUGUUGGAUGUUUGAAAACUGCAACUACAACUACCUCUCAAAACUCUUAGGAGAGAAGACUAUACAGUAUGAAUGCUGCCAGAAGGACCUGUGUAACAAAAGCGGUGGGACGGGCAUAGCAGGGACCAUCGCUCUGCUGGUGACUCCGCUGCUCACAGCAUUCUGGAGACUUCUUAUCUAAAUCAAUACCAGGAGAGAUUCUCCUAACUCCCUGCUCCUGUGUAGUCCUUAUUUGCUUUGCCACAAAAGCUUUCUAUUUUCUACUGAAUCCU